AUGGCCAAGAACAACAAAAAGAAGGUGUUUGCACUGCGCCUUGUCUGCUCUCGCAUGAACUUCCUUUACCAGGCGGCCCACCUUAUGGCGAAGGGCAGCCACAACACCCUCGGCGCCUACUAUGGGAAGCUCUGCCGCAAUGUGGGCACCAAGGCCAUAAUGCACAUGGCUCCGGCGCUGAAGCGAACUCUGUGCAAGCGCUGCUCCCUGCCGCUCAUUCCCGGAGUCAAUACGAGCCUGACUGUGCCUCAGGAAAAGGACCAAACAGCACCAGCAACAGACCCAAAGGCGUGCAAGAAGCGUCAUCGCCGACAACGCAGAAAGAAGGGAGAGGUGGGAAAAGCUAAAGUCCAGCCAAAGGCAAGCACCGUGGACGAGCACACGCCGCUCCAACUAGAGUGUCCUCUCUGCCAGGGCCGUCGCCGCUUUGUUGUGGACAGUCAGCGCGAGUGCUGGAUAGAGCAGCCGCAGGCCCUGGUCGAAGUGCUCGACAUAGAAGCGGAUGAGGAGGGAAAACAGACGCAGGCACAGCCACAGCCACAAUCACAAGCACAGUGAUAAGACAC